AAAAAAAAAACUCCCCAAAUCAUAUAAUAAGAGCAAAUGAGAUCAUAAGAUAAGCUCAUGGGGAGAAUUAGGGCCUGUUAAAAAAAGUCAUAUAGAUCAUUUUUUUUGAGGGAAGUCACACAGAUCAUCUUAAAAUAAUUAAGAAAAUUUUUCCAAAAAAAAAAUAAAAUAAUUAAGAAAAUUUAUUUAAAUAACGACCGACGAAGUCCCUUUGUUGAAAGUUGAAACAAAAACUCAAACAAUCACACAAUUUCGGAAUUUCCAUUCAUUCCACUCACAAACCCCAAAACUAAUCAUUUCGUAACCAAACACUCAUCUCCCUCCCACUCCUUUUAAAAAACCCCAAAAAGAGCAAGUUCAGUAACCGCCAUGAAUACUACUUUGCUUUGCUAAUACCCAUGUCUCCUUAUUUUCUCUUUCCUAACUCCCAUACUAAUACUCUAUUCUACCUUCCUUCUUAAUCCUUCUCCACUACUUUUAUUUCCCCAUUUUUUCUUAUUUUCCUUCAUUUAAACUCCAUUAAUGCAGCUUUCUUCCAAUAACCCACAUUCCAAAAUCACCUUAUUUCACCCUUUUAACAAUGUCCAACAUUCAAUCUCAAGAACAAAUUAACAACCACCAAAUUAAUCACCCAAAUUACAUGGACAAUUUAUCAAAAAAGUUGAAACGUUUCAGAUUCUUUGAGCCUUCAUUAAGCAUUACUGGGUUCUUAUUUGUAACAGUGGGUGUUAUUAUAUGUUGUUACUAUUACUUAGAUUACAGAGUUUUUGGAAGAGGGUUGAAUUUUCCAUUUAAAUCACAGAGGUUUCAAUGGCUACAAUAUGAUGAAUUUGCUGGUGUUUCUGCUUCGAAUAUUAAGAAAAGGGUUGAGUUUUUAAGUGAAAAGGGUGAUGAAUGUGACGUGUUUGAUGGUGAUUGGGUGUGGGAUGAGAGUUAUCCAUUGUAUGAAUCAAAAAAUUGUGAGUUUAUGGAUUUUGGGUUUAGGUGUUCUGAGAGUGGUCGACCUGAUAAUUUUUAUACCAAGUGGCGUUGGCAGCCUAAACUUUGCAAUUUACCAAGAUUUGAUGCAAUAUUGAUGUUGGAAAAACUAAGGAACAAACGCGUUGUAUUUGUGGGAGACUCAAUUGGAAGGAACCAAUGGGAAUCGCUUCUUUGUAUGCUUGCUUCUGCAGUUUCUGAUCAGAAAUCAAUAUAUGAAGUGAAUGGAAAUCCUAUAACAAAGCACAAAGGCUUUUUGAUUUUCAAGUUUGAAGACUAUAAUUGCACAGUUGAGUAUUAUCGGUCUCCAUUUCUCGUAUUGCAGGGACGCCCCCCUGCAGGAGCGCCAGAAAAGGUCAGGUCCACUUUAAAAUUAGAUCAAAUGGACUGGAAUGCUGGGAGGUGGAAGGGUGCUGAUGUUCUUGUCUUCAAUACAGGACAUUGGUGGAACUAUGAGAAGACUAUUAGAGGGGGUUGCUACUUCCAAAUUGGGGUAGAGGUAAAUAUGAAUAUUACAGAAGAUGACGCAUUCCGCAGAUCUUUGGAGACUGUUCUUGACUGGAUAGACAGAGAGGUAGAUACAAGUAAGACACAGGUCUUCUUUCGCACCUAUGCUCCUGUACAUUUCAGAGGUGGUGAUUGGAGAAGUGGCGGAAGCUGUCACAUGGAAAACCUCCCAGAGCUCGGGGAGUCUCUGGUCUCAUCUCAAACAUGGUCAAAACUCAACAUAGCUGCAGAAGUAUUGACUUCUCACAGUAACAAUCCGAAACUUGGGGACAUAAGCAUGUUGAACAUUACAGCUAUGUCUUCUAGAAGAAAGGAUGGUCACUUGUCGUUGUACUACCUGGGUCCUGGUGCUGGUCCAGCAUCAAUCCAUCGGCAGGAUUGCAGUCAUUGGUGCCUGCCUGGGGUUCCCGACUCUUGGAAUGAACUACUUUUUGCUUUGCUAAUUAGACGUAGUGUCUCUAAGACAUCAAAUUCGACUUCUCAAACACAGGCCGUUUGAAAUGUGAUUGGUUUGUGCAGAAUUUGAUAGUAAAAAUUACAGCUAACAUAAUGCAUAUUGUGUUGGAGGUUCUUUGCAGG